GUAUUAAUGUUGUUAUGUAGGGACAGUGAAGCAUCGCGUAUGAUACUGAAAAGAAAGUCUGAUUCAUAACCAUUGAAAGGGAGAGAAUGAUUCUUUCCUUGAGCUUGGAAGACUGUUAUGAAAGCUUUGGUGUUCUUUUUUAUUGGGUGGCGACGUGAAGGAACUCUUAUUUGUUAUUGUUGAAUCACUCAUCGAAUGCUUCUUUUCACUCAUUCCAAAACUGUUUAUUUAGAGAGCUAUAGCUUUAUCCAAGUCUUAGCCUUUCACAGUGUUCGAGGUCAAUCUAUGAACUCGAAGUUGGAUACUGAGAAUUUCAGAAUCUGGUUUUGAGUAAGGUGGCAAAAAAUUAAAAAAACUGUCUGAAAAUCAUGUAUUUUUCUUCUUACCCUCUUGAUGAGUAUCUUUUGUGUGCUGUUUAUCAUCAACGUCACAUUGCUGACAGAUUUUUGUCAUCUUCAACCUUAUGAUUGUGUAAGCUGGUCUAGGAAGAAGAAGAAUCAACAAGUUAUUGUGAGAGCUGUUUUUCAAACAUGAAGAUGUUUGGGAUUACAAGACUUGGGCAUCUAUCCAUGAGGGGAAUGCUAGUUUCAUUGAUUUUUUGUUUAUGGUUUCCAUUGGGAGUGUUUGGUGGGACUUUAAAUGCCACUGUUCAUUCUUCAAGGCCGAAAACUUUGAAUAUUGGAGCUCUGUUUACUUCUAAUUCGGUUAUUGGGAGGUCGGCUAAACCAGCAAUUUUGGCUGCCGUGGAUGAUGUUAAUUCUGACCCUACUGUUCUUCAGGGGACAAAAUUGAAUGUUGUUGUCCAUGACACGAAUUGCAGUGCAUUUCUUGGAACGGUUGAAGCUUUGCAGCUGGUGGAAAGUGAUGUGGUUGCCGCAAUUGGUCCACAAUCCUCUGGAAUAGCUCAUGUCAUUUCCCAUGUUGUUAAUGAACUCCAUGUCCCACUUCUUUCAUUCGGAGCAACAGACGCCACUCUUUCUUCACUGCAGUAUCCCUAUUUUGUUCGCACUACUCAGAGUGACUAUUUUCAGAUGCAUGCCAUUGCUGAUUUCGUUGAUUAUCAUGAAUGGAAAGAAGUAAUUGCCAUCUUUGUUGAUGAUGACUAUGGCAGAAAUGGGAUUUCUGUAUUGGGUGAUGCCUUGUCAAAGAAGCGCGCCAAGAUCACUUAUAAGGCUGCCUUCUCUCCUGGAGCCCCCAAAAGUGCAAUCAAUGAAUUGCUAGUUGGAGUAAACCUCAUGGAAUCUCGGGUAUAUGUUGUACAUGUUAAUCCUGACACUGGGUUGGAAAUUUUUUCUGUUGCCAAGUCCCUUGGAAUGAUGGGUGGUGGCUAUGUUUGGAUUGCAACAGAUUGGCUUCCUUCUGUUCUUGAUUCAAUAGAACCUAACACUCAGACUAUGAAUCUCUUACAAGGGGUUGUCGCUUUUCGUCAUCACACCCCAGAUACCGAUGCCAAAAAGAAUUUUAUGUCUAGGAUAAACAAUCCAAAUCAGAAAGGGAGUGUGAAACUCAAUUCUUUUGCUCUUUAUGCUUAUGAUUCUGUUUGGUUAGCAGCCCGCGCUCUUGAUGUUUUCUUCAAUGAAGGUGGAAAUAUAUCUUUUAGUAAUGACCCAAAGUUGCAAGAUACAAGUAACAGCACACUGCGCUUAACAUCAUUACGUAUAUUUGAUGGAGGCCAACAAUAUCUACAAACAAUUCUUAAAAUGAACAUGACAGGUCUGAGUGGUAGGUUUCAAUUUGAUGUGGACAAAAAUCUAAUUCAUCCAGCAUAUGAUAUUCUUAAUAUCGGUGGAAGUGGAUCCCGCAGGGUUGGUUAUUGGUCAAAUUAUUCACAUCUCUCUGUUGUUGCUCCGGAGAUCCUUUAUACAAAGCCUCCUAAUACUUCGACCAGUAGUCAGCGCCUUUACAGCAUUAUAUGGCCAGGUGAAACUACAACGACACCUCGUGGAUGGGUAUUUCCCAACAAUGGAAAGCCUCUAAGAAUUGCUGUGCCUAACCGAGUAAGUUACAAAGAGUUUGUUGCUAAAGAUAAGGGCCCUCCAGGGGUCAAAGGGUACUCUAUUGAUGUCUUUGAAGCUGCCAUUAACUUGUUGCCUUAUCCUGUACCACGGACAUAUAUGUUAUUUGGAAAUGGCAAGAGGAAUCCCGAGUAUAGUGACCUUGUAUAUCAAGUUGCUGAAAAUCAAUAUGAUGCAGCUGUGGGAGAUGUUACAAUUACCACAAAUAGGACAAAGAUUGUGGAUUUUACACAGCCUUACAUGGAAUCAGGACUGGUUGUAGUUGCUCCUGUCAAAAAGGAAAAAUCUAGUGCAUGGGCAUUCCUCAAACCCUUUACUUGGCAAAUGUGGGCUGUCACUUGUGCUUUCUUCCUUUCCGUGGGAGCUGUUGUUUGGAUUCUUGAGCACCGGAUCAAUCAUGAGUUCCGUGGUCCACCAAGCCAACAACUCAUUACAAUUUUUUGGUUUAGUUUCUCAACAAUGUUUUUCUCACACAGAGAGAACACUGUGAGCACCCUUGGACGUUUGGUGCUGAUUAUUUGGCUAUUUGUAGUGCUAAUUAUAAAUUCAAGCUACACAGCUAGUUUAACAUCAAUCCUCACAGUUCAGCAACUGACAUCACGAAUUGAAGGGAUUGACAGCCUCAUAACAACUACCGAUCGUAUAGGAGUUCAAGAUGGGUCAUUUGCAUGGAGAUAUCUAAUUGAUGAGCUAAACAUAGCAGAAUCUAGACUUGUCAAGUUAAGAAACAUGGAAGCUUAUCUUGAUGCCCUUUUGCGUGGACCCAAAAAUGGAGGGGUAGCUGCAGUUGUUGAUGAGCUUCCUUACAUUGAGCUCUUCAUGUCCAACAGCAAAUGUGAAUUCAGGACUGUGGGCCAGGAAUUUACAAAAAGCGGAUGGGGAUUUGCAUUCCAAAGGGACUCUCCUCUUGCAGUGGACUUAUCAACUGCCAUUCUUCAACUCUCUGAGAAUGGUGAUCUCCAAAAGAUCCAUAAUAAGUGGCUCACACAAAAUGGAUGCUCGAUGCAAAUCAGUGAUGUUUCUGAUGAUAAUCGGCUCUCUUUUAAUAGCUUCUGGGGUCUGUUCCUUAUCUGUGGCAUUGCAUGUUUCAUUGCUCUUACUGUGUUCUUCUGCAGAAUCUUCUGUCAAUACCGUAAAUUUAUCCCAGAGAAUGGGAAUGGGGAUAUUGAGGAGAUUGAACCUGAGAGGACCAGUCGAAGGUCGAUUCGAUCAACCAGUUUCAAGGACUUGAUGGAUUUUGUGGAUAGAAAAGAAGAAGAGAUUAAGAAGAUACUUAAGAGGAAAAAUAGUGAUAAUAAACAAGCUAGCCAAAGCUCCGAUGGGCAGCCAAAUUCUCCACCUUGAAGAAGAUUUGUUCUCCCAACGGUUGGUUUCUGAUUCUCCACAAUGUAACUAGACUAUCAAAAGCAAAAUCAUAUACGCUAAUGUAAUUGCUCCUUCACUUAAUACAAGGAGUAAGACAGAUUGAAUAUAGCAAUUACAGGUUUUUCUUUUCCUUUUUUUUUUUUUUUUUUUUUUUGGUUUCCUCUAGAAAGGGUGAGCCAGAGAGCUUAGGAAAUCAUCUUUCCUAGUUGUAGACCAUUUUGUAUUUAUACAAUUAUGUAUGUAGUAUUUCUUAUCCUAAUUGAAAAUGUAGAGUUUCUCAAGUGUAGAUAGAUCUUUUCCAUGUA